AUGUCUCUUAAAGCUGCUGUUAAAUUAGACUGGGCUAAAGUUGUCUCUUCUUUAGGUUUGAAAGGUCAAUCUGCUGCCUCUUUGCAAGCUUUCAAAAAGAGAAACGACGAAGCCAAAAGAGUCGCCUAUGAACUAAACUUACAAGACAAACCAAUUGAUUUUGCCUACUACAAAUCGGUUUUGAAAAACCAAGACAUUAUCAGCAAAAUUGAAAGUUCAAUCAAUGAUUUUAAGCCAAUCACUUACGAUAUCUCUGACCAAGUAAGUGCUAUUGAAACUUUCAAACAAACUGCCUUGGAAAGUGCUGAACAAACAGAAUCUCUUAUUUUAAAAGAAAUCGAAGACUUGAAUAAGACUUUAGAAAACAUCCAAAAAUCAAGACCAUUUGAACAAUUGACUGUCGAUGAUGUUGUUGCCGCAAAACCUGAUAUUGAUGAAAAAGUCACUCAAAUGGUUAAACAAGGUAGAUGGGAACUUCCUGCUUAUUAUGACAAAUUCGGUAAACUUGUUAUUAUGUAA